GCCCCAAACAACCAACUCUCAGGUGUCAGAAGAAGGAUGAAAACCAACAAACUCGCCCUGUAAUCACUCAACACAUCAUCAACGCAAGGAGUUUGAUCGAGGACGGAGUUUUCCUUGGUGUCGUUUGUUCCUGUUCAGCGCUCUGAGACGGCAGGUUGGAGCUUCCAUAUAUGGGCAUGCCAUCAGCUCGCCUUUCCUAUUGGCUGCUGGCGCUGUGCAGCUGCCUGUCAACAAGAUGGCCUUCUUCACUUCCAGCUCGGAGACAACACAACUCUGUCUGUUUUAGUCCGACAUUUUGGUUUUAAAUUAAAACUCGGCCAGUGUAAUAAGUGAAAGCGCGAUCAGGAGACUGUGUGGAUGUGAAGAGCGCAGUGAGAGAAGGAAGGAAGGAAGGAAAGAAGGAAGGCCGGCUCGCUGGCUGGCUGGUUUCACUGGAGCUCCUGCUAGCAGCUACAGGCUAAUGUUAGUGUUCAGUGACAACUCUGGCCUUUUUUUUUUUAAAUAAUGGCUGGUUUUAGAAACCUUUUUACUCGACGUUAGUGUUUUGUUUUUUGCUCGUUAUUUGUGGCAGAGCUGCUGGUCGGAGCCCAAAUCCGUAGUUUGAAAGGUAAGAAGCUGUAAGUGCGUCGCAGAGUGUAUUUAUAUAACAUUAGCGAGCAGGAAGUCUGAGGGAACCGAGAGCUCUGAGAUGCUAACAGGCUAAAACUGCUCCAGCUGGACGCCACACGAACGCGACUGAAACCUUUGAUGGAGACCUCAGGCCAUGAACAACGAGUGAGUGGUGAAGAACAAAAGAACUGCCCAGCGUAGUGGCAGAUAUGCUCUUCAUGGGCUCAUGAUGAACCGUGACACCUUUUCUCACAUCAGACUGUGGUGCCCGCGUCCCUUCGGCACCUACUCGCAGAACAAGCCUUACAGUCAUGGCACGAUCGGCGGAGGGGCAACAUCUGCUCUCUGUAAAGCCGACACUGCUGGCUGUCCAUCCAGAGAUGAUGGUGGAGUUGCUGAGGUGCAGAAUGACGAUGUGGGCACUGAGAACACCCCACCUGCCCCAUCAUCCAACCUCCUGGCACCCACACCUCCUGCACCACCCUCCCCUGCUUCACAAAUGGAAGAUGGCAGGGUCUUGCUUGAUACUUGGUAUGUCAUUAAACCAGGCAACACCAAGGAAAAAAUUGCCUUUUUUGUGGCUCACCAGUGUACAGGAGCAGGAACUCCGAGACCUAGUGCCAUGAAGGUGAAGGGAAAUUGGGGCAAUGACUGUACCAAGGCGAAGCGUCGUCGCCGCUGCUCUUCGUACGACCCUUCUACAAGAGCUCAGAAUGUGACCUCGGAGCUCCCGUCGGAGCCCAGCUGCUUGGAGGACAGCGUUGGAGUCAAUGAGACCGAUCUGCUGUCUGUCGCAGAGAUGGUGGCCCUUGUUGAGCAGCGCACGGCCAUGGCCUUGCAAGGCAUGGCAGCUCAAGGACAAAUGACCUCAAGCAACCAGCAGCACACAGUCCUCCACAAUUCCAUUUCAGAUCCUCCACCUGUUGUAUUCCUCUCGGAAUCUUCUUCUCCUGCCCCAGCCUCAAAAAGUGACUUUGAACGGCAGCAGCUGCAGCAAGAAUCCAGACGUGUUGCUCAGGCAGUAGCACGCUUUGAGUCUCAGCAGCAAAAUCUUGAGAGUACAAUACUGCGGCCUCAGAUUCAUGACUCCGGUAAAGACCGGGAUUGUGGCGGUGAGACCGGGGCAAACAGCCAAAGCCACGGUCGAGGGGAAGUUAGGAUUGCGUUCCGGGUGUCUAGUCUAGAUCCCCGGUCCCAGUCUGAGCCGGAAGGUCGCCCCAGGUGCAUGUUUAUGAGCUGUGGGACUGGAGCAGGACAGGCAGCCACUAGGGCCAAAGAAAAGAUUACGUGCGACCUUUACCAACUGGUCAGUCCUUCAUCUCGAGACUCCAGUGCUGUCCUGGCUGGCUCAUCAAAAUCAGAUUCCACAGAAGACAUAACAGAGCGGCCUCCCGCCACACCGACAGACCACGCCCCAGACCACUGCUCGGGAGAGAAAAAGGCUGUGGCUCGUGAGCGGGUGACUGGCUUCCAUGUUGAAGUUGUAGUCACAGGAGCCGUGGACCAGUGCGUCUUCUAUGGUAAGGACAGUACAGAGAAUGUCCAAGAAGAGACUGUUUGCAUAGCUAUGCCCAGUGGGGCAAAUCGAGCUGAUGGUUUAGAAGAACCUCCACCUGGGCAGCUUUUCUUUCUCCAAAGCCCAUCUGCUGAAGAUGAAAGUGGUUCUGGGAUCUCGAGCGGAAUGUGCUCUUUGGAUCGUGCAAAUAACAGCGGCUCGGUCGGGAGUGCGGUGGAGAGGCCAGCCAGCCCGAUCGCCAGCGUGGACGACUGCGCUGAUAAAUCUCUCUGCCGCCUUUACCGUCACGUCUCCCAUGACUUCCUGGAGAUCCGAUUCCAGAUCCAGCGGCUUCUGGAGCCACGGCAGUACAUGCUCAUGCUUCCUGACCACAUUAUGGUGAAUAUCUUCAGCUACUUGCCCACCCGCUCUCUAGCAGCCUUGAAGUGCACCUGCCACGACUUUAAGGCCCUGAUUGAGACCUAUGGCGUGCGUGCCACAGACUCUCGCUGGAACCAGGAUCCACUGUAUCGCGACGACCCCUGCAAGCAGUGCAAGCGGCAGUAUGAGCGGGGGGACGUCUCGCUUUGCCGCUGGCACCCUAAACCUUACCACCACGACCUGCCUUACGGACGCUCGUACUGGAUGUGUUGUCGGCGCACGGACAAGGACACGCCAGGCUGUAGAGUUGGACUGCAUGAUAACAACUGGGUCCAGCCAUGUGACAUGGUUCAGGCCCGUGCCAAAAGAGAAGAUGGGAGGUAAAGACAGGAGCAGUGUGAUUCUGGGUUCCUUUCUUAUUCUCACUUUGCCUAAACCUCAUGACAGUAAUAUUUAUGGUUGAGCCUGCCUCCCUUACACCCCCCCCCCAGAGCUUGUUAACCUUGCUAUCAUGUCAGUAUCAGUUCUUAGCAGUGCAGCAUCCUUCAAUCUUGCGGCCAUAACCUGCUGAGUGACGUUCACGUGUGAAUACCAGCGCUGAGUAAAUGAGGUUCAUGUCUGCUGCAUGGGACUAAAUCUCUACAUGUAUUUUGUAAAUUGGUUAGAAAUUAUUUCUGGCUUGGCAGUGUUUUUCUAAACCCAGCACUGAAGCCGAUCCCAACCUUGCCAAACCUGCAGGCUAGGCGUCGACUUGUCUUGCUAAAGUUAUUAAAUGUAUUGAGGUUGGAUCUCAUGUUUUCUUUACUGACCCCGGGGCAAAAAUGAUGUCACUUUACAAAUACCUGAUGUCACUUUGUAAUCAACAGUUCUGCUGCUUGGGUUUUUUUUUUCCCCUCUUUUUUUUUUUUUUUUUUUUUUGCAAAAAUAAGAUCAAUGUCAAGACAUAUUUCUUGUUCAGCCCUGUUCCUCUAGCUGGGUCACAACUCGCCUGUCUUUUGCUUUCUGUUGGUGAAGAGAGGGGGGGGAAAAAAAUCAGGUUUUCAGCCUUAAGUCCAUUCCGUCUUCUCAAUCCAUCUACAAUCUUUUCAAACAGAAUCAACUGUUGAUGCUGAUGCCCUUUGGUUUGGGAGACGAUCAUAGGUUUUGCAGUCAGCUAAUGCUAACGGGAUUUUGCCUCAAAAGUAAAUAAAAGUUAUUUAAAACUG